AGCAGAAUUUGCUUGUACGCGUAUUUUGAACUGAACAAACGGACAGGACUGAGAGCAGAGAGGGAGGCGACGCUCCGCUUGUCUGUCUGACAAGUUUUGGUUGUUUUUAAAACUGUUCACCGAUGAUCGCAACGUAAUCUGGAAUUUAACGAUGAGAAAGAGCGAGGUGCUCGCAGCAGAGGCGGUGUCGUGCCUCAAUAAAGCGCUGUGCCAUCUGAAGGACAUUUGGGAGGAAAUCGGUAUCCCCGAGGACCAGAGACUGCAGAGAACUAAUGUUGUCAAAAACCACGUUAAGAGCUUACUAGAUAUGAUGAUCAAAGAAGAGGAAUCUCUGAAAAAGAGGCUCAUAAGCAGCCUUCAAAUAUGCAGGACAGAAAUGGAAAAACUCUGCCUGGAACUUCAGCUACCUGUGUUUGAGGAGGAGAAUGGUAUCAGCAUGCUCCAGCAAGAGAAGAACAUCCGCACACAGGUGGAGGCUCUGGUGAACGAGAAGGCUCAGCGGAGGCAGCAGCUGAAGGUUCUGCUGGAGCAGGACCAGGACCUGUGCGACAUCCUGUGCUCCAUCCCUUAUGGCAUUGCUCCAGACUGCGUCCCCUCACUGGAACAACUGGAGAGCUUCAGCCAGCACAUCAUUAAUCAGAAUGCAGAAAAGGCGAGGCGGUAUGCUGAGUUCACGGACCUCAAAAAGCAGAUAAUCUUGUACAUGGAAGAGCUGGACCGCAUCCCAGAGACCAGCUUCGAGAAGGACGUCAUCUGUGAGGAUGAGGACGCUUUCUGCCUGUCCAGAGACAAUAUUACGUCACUCAAACUGCUUCUUUGUCAGUUGGAGGAGCACAAGACAAAGAAUGAGGUGAUGUGUGAGGAUCACCGAGAGAAGAUCCAGCAGCUGUGGGACAGACUGCAGGUGCCUCAGGAGGAGAGAGAGGCCUUCGAUGAACACAUGGUCACAUCCAAGAAGAGGAACUUGGAAGCGUUACAAGCAGAAGUUCAGCGUCUGGAGGAGCUCAAACUGCUAAACAUCCGCAAUGUCACCGACGCCAUCCGCUCCGAGAUCUCUGUGUUUUGGGAAAAGUGCUUCUUCAGCGCAGACCAGCGGCAGGCUUUUGCUCCAUAUUUUAGCAAUGAUUUUACUGAAGAGCUGUUGAGUCUACAUGAUGCUGAGAUCCAACGCUUGAAGCAGCAUUAUGAGGAUCAUAAGGAGCUGUUUGACGGGGUUCACCAAUGGGAAGAAAGCUGGAGACUCUUCCUAGAGCUGGAGAAAAAAGCCACAGAUCCGACAAGAUUCACUAACAGAGGAGGGAAUCUUCUCAAAGAGGAGAAACAGAGGUCUGAGCUGCAUAAAAGCCUGCCUAAGCUCGAAAAGAAAUUAAAGGCUCAGAUUGAUGCAUGGGAAAGUGAACAAGGUCGGGAAUUUCUAGUAAAUGGCCAGAAGUUUCUGCAAUAUGUGGAGGAACAGUGGGAGCUGCACCGAAUAGAGAAAGAGAAGGAGAAACAAGAAAGGCAUCUGAAGAAGAGCAAACAGACAGAGGAAGAUAUGCUGUACGGAACAGCAGUACGAACCCCUACCAAACGCAGACUUCUGGGCACUACUACACCAAAUAAAUCACGAAAGUUUAACGGGACUUCCAGCAUUUCUAGCGCCACCUCUAACAGCACCAUGCGCUCUGCCUAUGGUGGAACUGUCUGUCGCUCACCUGUGCCCCGCCCACCUCUCUCAGCAAACAAGUGUCCAGCAGCUCGGACACCGGGUGGUGGAAAACCUCCCCACUCACGCCUGCUAGGCUGUAACAAGGAGAAUGAGGCUCAGCUGAAGGGGACCCCUCUGAGUGGUGCGUUGCUGACCCCCGCUACUCCACAGCGUAACUUCAGCAUAACCUCUGUUGCCAGCACAUAUUCAGAGUUUGUGAGGGACUUGGUCAACCCUGAAUCUGUUCAGUCAAGCGAGACCUGUCAAAGGCCUCCAACACCAAGAUCCAGCACGACAUCCUGAACUCCACCACCACAAACCUUUGACCUCUCCACUCUGACGGUGACUGCAACGGCUAUCACAUGGUAGCCCUUUCAACGACGUUCUAAUCUCUAAAACAGAUCACUACUUUGCCCUGCUAUCUGUUUUUAAUUGUAAAUGAAGGUAAUAAUAUAUUCAGUUUUAAACCCGUGAUAAACAAGGAAUCUGUUGUCAGUUGUUGAGCGUGUUGUCUUCAGCAUUGGCGAAUCUUUGCCCGGUCUAUCACUGUCUGUAAGAGAAGAAAUGUGUUUGUAUCCUAAGUUAAACAAACACUACUUUGGCUCUCUCAGUUUUGUCAGUUAUUGAGAUGUGACAAAUGUCUGCAUCUUGUACUGCACUUUUUUUUAAAAAAGAGAAACAAAAGAAGGUUUCUGAAGUUAUGCAAUCUGGGGUUACAGGCCAAAUGUAUUAUGAAUACUGUGCACUUUUUUUUAGAAAAUAUAUACCCGCGCAUAGUGUAAUUUUACACACACUGACUGUUCCAUCCAAAUCUGUUUUAUACAUGCAUUUGUAUAUAUUUCUGUAUCUGCUGUUCUCUUCACAUAAACUCCGCUGUUUGACAAAGAUGUUAGUUAGUUUAAACAGGCCGUUAAGGCCUUUAGUUAAAGUAUGUUGUAUAAUGGUGCUGUAUAAAUGAAAUAUACCUGAAUCACAUCGAUUCAUUACACUAUCAUGGCUGAUUUGGAAAAGCUUGUCAAAAUAAAAUAAAUUCAUUUUCACUAAUUUCUUUAAGAUGGGACAAAGAUUUAGUUUUCCAUUUAUUCAUUUUUGUUCUAGCCCCAAACUUGUGUUGUACACAACAACAUACACAUUCACAUGUUUUCACGUAAGAAUAGUUUUCAAAUUUGCCACAGAGAAUUAGCAAAUACUGUUGAGCUUUAUACAUACUACAGUAUCUUUGAAAGUCCGUACUCCAGCUUGUUUUUCAGAAUUUUGACCAAUUCAACCUCAUCAACACAUUUGUUUGAAGUUUGUCAGAUGUGAAUGAAUGUUGUGCCACAGUGUAGACAGAUUUCACAAUCAAACAUGUUGCUUCAUGGUGUUUUAUCUGUUCUGGUUUCACAAACUUUAUAUUAGAGAUACCUGACUUAUAUUUUACUAUAGUAUUUUUGGCUCAGCUGUAGCCACGAGAAAUAUAGCCAAAAGAACGUGAGAGAUGGCAUGGAUUAUAAAUAACUUUCAGUAGAUCAACCUCUGACCUUAGUGUCAGCAGAUUCCUCUAUGAUUCCUCUGAUUGAAGGCUUUAAUGAUUUACCUAUCGGACUGUGAUAAGUCUUGUACGCAAGCUAAAGAAGAGUGGUUCAUCUCUAAACUAAAGCUAAAUACUAAUCAGUGCAGUAAAUGCAAUAUUACUGAAAUCACUAAUGGGAAUCAACAUUUUCACCAGAUCUGAAAACUGAACCUACACUUUAACAACUGAGUUUAGUCAUGACAACAGCUUCAAGUUAAACUAUCAACUGUAGUAACAAACAGCUGAAGGUUGAGUUGAGGUUAGCUUACAAGACAGACCACUGUUAACUAAAUAACAUUUAUGUAAACUGCUUGUUUAAGUAAAAUCAGUGUUCAUUAAACACCAGUGGAUAUGAA